AUGGUCAAAGCUGUUGCUGUCCUCCGCGGUGAUGCCAAGGUCUCCGGCACCGUCACCUUCGAGCAGGCCGACGAGAACGCCCCGACCACCAUCUCGUGGAACAUCACCGGCAACGACGCCAACGCCGAGCGCGCAUUCCACGUCCACCAGUUCGGUGACAACACCAACGGCUGCACCUCCGCUGGUCCUCACUUCAACCCCUUCGGCAAGACCCACGGUGCUCCCACCGAUUCUGAGCGCCACGUCGGUGACCUGGGCAACUUCAAGACCAAUGCCGAGGGCAAUGCCACUGGUACCAUGCAGGACAAGCUGGUGAAGCUAAUCGGUGCCGAGAGCGUCCUGGGCCGUACUCUUGUCGUCCACGCUGGCACUGACGACCUCGGCAAGGGUGGUAACGAGGAGUCCAAGAAGACCGGUAACGCCGGUGCUCGCCCCGCUUGCGGCGUUAUUGGCAUUGCCAACUAA